AUGGGGGAUGGUGAAAGUCGAGAAAAAGAUGUAAUGGACGCAGCGAGGCAAGCAAGCAAAGAACUGAAUGUGAAAGUGCCAUUCCAACAGAAGAAGCUGUUACCUUCAAAAUUCAGAGCAUGCAAAAGCCAUCCGAUCAAAAGUCAGGCUGGCAGGCAAUACCAAAACCGAAGGGACACUCUCAGCUUGAUUACUCACGUUGGGACAGAGUUGAAGAUGACUCUAGUGACGAAAAAGAUGAUGACCCCGACGAAUAGGAGUCUCAGCCUCAAUACCGUUUUCAUAUUUGGAACAUCCAUGUACCUGCUAACAUGCAUGUACUCUGAGAUUGAAACUGAGACUCUGAGAUUGAAACUGAGCAAUCAGGCAUUGUGCACAUCCAAUUUGAAUAUUUAUGCUACCUGUUCUGUUGAGACAAAUGGCUAUGCUACUCAACCAGUCAACCUGCAGAGAAUGUUCUCUUUUACCUAA